AUGCAUCGCUGGAGAUGUCUGGCGGUCUCAGCCUUGGCCUGUGUUGCAGUGCUACAGGUCCAAGCGCAGGCCGCAGAGCACCAGAGCUUCUUGCCUCUGAGGCGACUGGCUGCGACACCUGUUGAGGCUGGUGACCCGGCUGCAGCCAAGGCGCUCGAGACGGUGCCCCCGGAGUGGAUCAUCACCAACGAGUCCGCGCCGGGAAUCCUGGCCCGGACCGCCACUCCCCAGCGAGAGAUCCUGUUCACCACCAUCAGGCUGGCGCCCGUGAAGUUUGAAGAGCCGCUGGACAUGAUUGCGAACUUCUGCUACUUUGUCAAAAAGUCCGGGGCAUUGCCCCACCUCCUCAUCUUCACAACGGACAUCCUCACCUGGCACCGGCUGCACAAGCUGGGGUUCCCUGCCUACCUGGAUCGCGCCUUCCCUGCCAGGCCCGAGUACAUCUUUGGGGAAGCAAGCAGGCCGGCUGGCACCCACAAUCGCGUGUUUGAUGUGGAGAAGCACUGGUGGGGCUGGAAAAUCCUGGAGCAGGACUUCUUCGCCGUCUACAUGGAUGCGGAUGCGGUGCCACUGAAGGACCCGUUCCUUGCUUUCCAGGACAACCUGUACGAUGUCCAGGGUCUCUCUGACUGGGAUGUGCCACGAAUCCCCAUCCAAGAGGACGCCCUUGUCCAGAGCUGCGAGCUGUACUACCUCGUCCCAGACAAGGCAGUGGCGUCAGGUACCAUGCUGCGGGAGCACUGGCACAUCCCCGAUAAGAAGGUCCAGCUCUUCUCCAUCAACCCUUGCCAGAGCACGGGGCUGUGGUACCUGCGCCCCACCCCCCCCGCCGGGGCCUUCAUGCUGGCCUUGGUGCACCGCCUGAUCCACCCCGCCACCUGGCACCAGUGGGACCAGACGGCCUGGAACGAGGUCAUCCUGCCCUUCCUCUGGGGCACGGGCGACUCGGAGCAGCUGGCCUACCGCAUCCUCCCCAACGAGAACUACAUCAACGUGCGCGCCAUCCCCGACCGCGAGAAGGCGGGCCUCCCGCUGGACAUCGUCAUCCUGCACUCCGGCGGCACCCACGGCCGGAACAAGGCCCUGGCCUACGCGGCGCGCGGCUUCUGGCACCCGGAGCUGGGCAAGGCGCUGGCCGACGUGCCGGGCGGGAAGCUGGCGCACACCCACGCGGCGCGGCCCGCCUGGUCCCACGCGCGCCCGAAGCCACCCGGCGCGGAGGUUCCCGCCCUCCAGCACCUCACCGACUUCCAGUUCACGGCUGUGGUGGCCGUCACCUCCGCCCUCCUCACCGCCGGCCUCAUGCUCGCCGUGUUCAGGGUGGCGGGGCGGGGCAGGGCCGGCCGCGCAGCGCGUGCCGGCGGCGCCGCGCCCUGGGGUCUCAAGGCCGGCGGCGAGGCCCUGAGCCCCCACCCCCGGUCAGGCAAGGGCGCGGCAGACCCGUAG